AGAAUAAGAUGAGGUGAGGAAUUUUCCUCCAUCAAAACCUCCAUGGAAAUCACCCACACACACUUCCAGCAAAAUAUAUAGCACCACAAGCCACUGGCCUUAUCCCUGAAAAAACACCCAAACCACUGGCUUCCUCCACCGGAAACCCUCCAAGCAACAUCAAAAUUCACCCAAAACCCUUAACACCAUCACCACCAUUCAGCAAUCCCAAACAGCCUGCCUAGAACAACAGUACUAGUGCAGUCCAUGGAAGCAACCGAUUUUUGAGCCUUAGUUUGCUUUCCUUUUGAUGGUGGUUGAGAUUACCACCUUCAUCAAAGCUCUUGGAAACCUCACAACAGUCCCAAGAAGGUCUCCAAGUCAAAAGCUCACAAUACAUUUGAAAAUUGGUCGAACAUCAAGUUCUGACCAGCAGAUAAUGGAUCACAGCCAUGAAGUUUCACUUGAUAUCAACGAGUUAGCCAAUUCUUUGAGGGAGCAAUUGAAGAUCAAGAAGGCUUUCUCCCUGGCAUGCUGCAUCUACAGAGUCCCGGAACGAUUGCGGAAGUUAAAUGAAAAGGCAUAUACACCUCGAGUAGUCUCAAUAGGCCCUAUUCACCGUGGUAAGGAGAAUCUAAAAGCUAUGGAAGACUACAAAAUAAUGUACCUGAAGCAGUUUCUCGAACACAAUUUAUUAGUGAGUGUGGAGGAUUUAAUUAACAUUAUCAAGGAGAAUGAAACGGAAUUACGUGAUAGUUAUGCCGAAACCAUUGAUCUUAUGCUUGAAAGGCGGUUUUAUGAAAGGAGACGUAGUGACCACAUUUUCUAUCGUCCAUUUAAGUUAGUUGACGUCAUGUUUGAUAUGUGCUUGCUUGAAAAUCAGCUUCCAUUCUUCAUCCUCCAGAAGUUUUUUGAGCUAUCCAGUGUAGCUGCCAAUCCUGGUAAUUGUACCCUUAUUGAGCUUACUUGUGGGUUAUUAAAAGUACCAUGGUCUGACUGGGUAGAAGAGGACAGUUGA